UGUGUGUGUGUGUGUGUGUGUGUUUCCUAAACCCAGAGGGAGGUCUCUGGCUACUGUGUCCAUGGGGCCUGGUCACAUGACCCCAAGGUCCACCCUGGGUGUCAUCCGAUGGCCAAGCCUACAAGAAGGGCGGGCAGGAGGAAGCCUCUCCCCAUCCUUGGCCAAGUUGCAGAAAAGGGAAGGAGAAGCUGGUGUCCCUGGCUGAGCUGUCCAGGCUCCUCACACGUUUUCCUUGGGGCUGAUCUCUCCACCGUGACACCAACAUGGAUCCAGCUGUUGCCUUCCUCCUCCUCGUCUUCACCUUCCAAGCUACAAGCGCAGACAGUCCUGCAGCGACCCACGCUGAAUUAGACCCCAAAGAUGUGGGGCACUCGGUCAGUCUUCCUGUCGUGAUUCCAAAAGGGACCAUUUUCUCGGGUCUCAUGUUGAGGUCUGUCGGCCCACCCAGCAAGGCCAUCGCUAUGUGGGAGCAAGGGAAGCCCGUCACGGUCCUAGACCCGAGGUAUUCCGAAAGGGUGUCUUUCCUGGAGGAGGAACCUGCCUUCCAAAUCCACAACCUCACCUUGGAAGACGGAGGAGGCUAUGACAUUUCGACGCUCACCCAGGAAGGCUCCAAGACGCUGAACCACUACACGCUCUUCGUCUUCCACAUCAACAUCACGGGAGAAAGGCUGCCCAACAGCUCCUGCAACCUCAAUUUGCUGUGUGAGGCUGGAGCUGGAGCCAAAGUUCGGGUGACCUACUCCUGGAAGAAUACAAUAACGGGGGACACGGCUUCUGACAAUGCCAGGCUGCACCUCACCUUGAACGCCAAGAACAAAGAUGACUCUUACACCUGCUCCGCGCAGGCCUUGGGGACUCAGAAAGCUUGGGAGGUCUUCCCCUAUGCUUCAUGCCCUCAAUCUGCAGCUGCAGGACUUUUUGCGGCCGGCCUGUUCUUCUUCCACGUUGCCAGAGCUGUUUUGGCACCUGCCCUCAUCACCAUCUUCAUGCUCCUGUGAAUAGCCAGUGGCUCUGCAGCUGCUUCCUGAGCGAAGUGUGGAAAUCCAGCCGCCGCCUCUCGUUUUCCAGUGCUCCCACUUCUCGUCCGCCCCUUGCUCUGGUUCCCCUUUGCAGUCAAACCUCGGUUGUCGAACGUAAUCCGCUCCAGAAGGCCGUUCGACUUACGACUGGGUGCAAGAAGUUCUUGCACUCAAGCGGAAGGUGCGUUGGACGUUCGGGUUCCGAAAAACGUUUGUAAACCAGAGCAUUUACUUCCCGGUUUUUGGCGAAACGUUUGAAAACGGAGCCGUUUGAGAACCAAGGUUUGACUGUAUCAGGAAAUGAGAGAGAGAGAGAGAAGAAGAAGUCUGAAUUAACAUUUGCUAAUUAUUCCCCGUGAUCAAGCUGGUUCCUCCCACCAUUCCUCUGCACCCAACCAGUCCCUGGCAGGGAGACACACCUCAAGAUCUGCUGAGAUUCCUGCACUGAAGGGGGUUGGACUAGAUGACCCCUGGGUUCCCUUCCAGCUCUGCAAUUCUGUGAUUCACGCAUGCUUCGGUGUUCCCAGGCAUCACAUUCCUACUUCCCAGUGCUGAUCCUCUGAAACCACUGCCUCAAUUUUGUCCCUAACCAAAGACCUCGGUAUAAGGAUGCUUCCUAGGUUCCUAUUUAAAUCAUCCCUUUGUGGAGAACCAUGAGGACUAGCGUCUUAUUUUUAGAACAAAGGCUGUAGCUCAGCGGUACAAGAAGCUGAAGGCUCCAUGUUUGACCCUCAACAGCAUCUCUAGCUAGGGCUGGUCUGGAACCCCAGAAAGCCAUUGCUGGUCAGGGUGGACCAACCUUCCCCAACCUGGUGCCCUCAAACUGGUGCUAAACUGCAGGCUGCUGGGAUCCUUCCUCAGGGUUCAAUCCCACGGCAGGCAGGGGGGCAAGGGUUGGCAGGCCUGGGCAUCCUACGAGGACCCACAUCCCCGCAGUUGGCAUGGGUGGAAACGAUCAGUCCAUUCCACUCUUCUCAGUUUCUUCAGUCUUAAAUUCAGUUCUCUGCUUUCCUUGCAGCAAUUUGCCAUUUUAUUUCUUGAAAAUCUUCAUGGAAAUUGGCCUGCCUUUCAAUGUGAAUUCCUCCUAACGGAGGCUGUAUUAAACUAAAAUACCUGGGUUUGGGGGGGUGUCCCCAACCCCCCCAGCCAUUCUUGCAUGUUAUUUCCCUGCUACAAUAUGUUAACAUGAAAGAACCCUUUCCCUUAAUAGAU